UUGGCAGGUUGUAGGUAGGAUCAAUUUGAAAACUUUUAUUUUGCUUUUCUUAUGUGAACAUUAUAUACUUUUGACACGGAUGGAAAUGCUCCCCAGUAGAGAUAUUGCCCCUCUGAUUCUGUGAAAGGAAAAACAACAUUUAUAUGAUCAGAUAAUGGCAACCGCUGUAGUUAAUAAAGACUGUGACUUAAAUUGUCCUAUUUGCUUGGAGAAGUUCAACCUUCCCAAGAAGUUGCCUUGUUUACACACAUUUUGUGAGCUUUGUAUCCAAAGUUAUGUUCAAGCGUCAGAAACCACAGAAGAUACUAAAUUCUUCCGCUGUCCCCUGUGUCGUUUCAAGAUAGAGUGGUCAAUCCUGUCAGCUAGUGAAUGGACUCGGUCUAAGCUACAAACCGAUCACAUGAUUUUGUCUCUUCUUGAACGUGAAACAAAUGACUCAACACCCAAACAAGUAUAUUGUGAACCGUGCAAGAUUGCCAACGAAAAGAAUGUAGCAGUUUAUCACUGCAGAGAUUGUAAAGAGUGCUUUUGCGAACAAUGCUUUAACUAUUUGCAUAAACGUAAGAUAGACAACAAUUUGCACACUGUGACAGGUAUAACACCAGAUACAGAUCUGAAACCUCUGGAAAUGGAUGAACCAUGUCCUCUUCAUUCUGGAAAAAUUCUGGAAGUUUUUUGUUUUGAUCAUAAAAAGCUGUGUUGUAGUAUCUGCUUUGCGACUGACCACAGGAAAUGCGAUACCGUGACUUCUCUGGAUGAAAUAGCAAAUGAGAAAAAAGAGACCUUUGAUAUAGAUGAUUUUUUAAACCAAUUGUCUGAAGCUGAACAAUGUACUCAGUCAGCGAAAGACAAAGCAAAGGAAAAUCUCGGUCGGAUCAACAGCGACAAAGAAUCUAUGUUGCAGUCCAUUACAGACAUCAUAUCCGGUACAAAGUCCCAUUUGGAUACUCUACACGAAGAACUGAAACUGUCAAUAGAAAAGAGGUUUUCAGACACUGAAAAUUGUCAACAGUUUGAUAUAGAAUGCUUAAUUGCCUUUCAGAAAACAUUGAUCCAUGACAAAAGCAUUACUGAAGCAAUUAAAGAUCACGGCAGUAUAAGACAGAAAUUUGUCACCUUUGAAAAAACUAAAGAUACUCUUGAAAAACACUUUGAAAGGCUCUGUCUGGCAUUUAACUUUUCUGAUGCAAAAAAACUUGUCUUAGAAAUCGAGGAUAAAUUAAAAGAUGUGCAAAUGCUUUCAAAGUUAGCUUCCUUGGAGUUAGAACAAUUGGAUGAAAACGUCAUGACAGAUAUCAAGAACACAUUAUGUCCGUUAGGCUUUAUUGGUGACCAUGUUACAUUCCAGGGAUCUUUUCCAGUGAGUGACGACUCUUUUCCGCAAGUCAGAGACCCCUUCUUUUUUGCAAAAACAUUAUCAAAGUGGAGAAUAAAAUUUUAUAAAAAAGAGGGUAAAUUGAGUAUAUAUUUGGAAUGCCUUUCCCUCAAUUGUACCAACAGUUCCUACGAAGUAUCAGCAGAAUUCUGCCUUGUGAAUCAGACUGACAGGAAAAACGACACAAUUAGAAGAUUAAGCGGCACCCGCCAGUUCUGUUAUGAUAGUCGAUGCUGGGGUUUCUCUUCAUUUAUAAACUGGCAAAUGCUGGAAAAAGAAUACAUCUCCAAUAAUAAGAUGAAAAUAGUUGUCAAAGUAUGGUGAACAAAAACUUUUAAAAAAUCUUACAUGUACACAACAUAUAAUCCGUUGCUUCGUGAAGUCAAAUUCAAGACAUCCAACCAACCAAAAUGUUGCUCAUUGCGAUGAAAGACAUUGAUAAUUUUUGUUAUGAAGAGAUAUA